GGAGAGCAGCAGAAGGGGGAGGAGGAGGAGGAGGUCUCCUUCUUCCGAUUCAGCGACCGAGGCAGGCGAUUUAAAAAAAAAUAAAUAAAAAUUUAAUUAAUCAAUAAAUUAAGCGCACCAAACCUAGAGGUGCGGGGCGGCUGAGGAAGACAAAAACCCGCACGGAUGUGUCUCCGAAGGCGCAGCGGAUACCGCCCUCCGGACCUGAUUAAUGCCAGGAUUGAGAGGUCCGAGGAAGAAGGGGGGAUGACAUGCAUGUGUCCAGCCUGCUAACAUCCCUGACGACUCGCACGCUAACAGACUGCCCACCCUCACGGCAUGGCGGAUGUCCUGUACACAGGUCCGAUCCCAGCUGAGCGGGCGGGUGAGCUGGCCAUGGGGGGAGGUCGCAGCGAGACCUCGGCUCUGAGCGGGGCAGGAGAGGCCCGGGGCUUGACCACUACCCAGAAUUCCCAGCGACCCAACGCCUGCUGCUUUUGCUGGUGCUGCUGUUGCAGCUGUUCAUGUCUCACCGUCAGGAAUGAAGAGGAGAGACGGAAAAGGAGAAGGAGGAAGAGGAUAUCGCAGGACACCAAGAUGGAAACCAAACUUGAAACUUGCCCCAAACCCUCGGUGGAGGAGAUCCGGAUGUGGUCUCAGUCGUUUGACAAGCUGAUGAGGAACCCAGCAGGCCGAAAUGUUUUCCGGGAGUUCCUACGAACAGAGUACAGCGAGGAGAACAUGUUGUUCUGGCUGGCCUGUGAAGACCUCAAACAAGAAAUCAAUAAAAGUGCCAUCGAGGAAAAAGCUCGGUCCAUCUACGAAGACUAUAUUUCUAUAUUAUCGCCAAAAGAGGUCAGUCUGGAUGCCCGGGUUCGAGAGGUGAUAAACAGGAAGAUGCAGGACCCCACACCUCACACUUUUGAAGACGCUCAGCUGCAAAUCUACACGCUGAUGCACAGGGACUCCUACCCACGAUUCCUCUCCUCCAAUAUCUACAAAACCCUGGUUCAGGGCGGGUCCCGCACCUCCUCAGAAUCCUAGUCCCCGCCGGCCUCCAUGCUGCCUCGUAUUCCUCGGACAGGACGUACCGGAGCAUUUCCCCUCCUCUGUCCGACACUCCUCUUCCAUUUCAGUUUUAUAAUUACUGCCACAUUUUUCCCUCUUUUAAACUAUCAGUUAAAUAUAUUUUUCCUUUUCUUUUUUUCUUUACCUUUUUCUAUCUUUCUCCAUGCCAAAAGACCCUUGAAAAUGAUUAGAAUAGAAUAAAUGUUCUGCAAACAGAAGUGGAGAAAGUUAGAAUCACCCAACAUAUAUGACCAUAGAUGCACUUAAAUGAUCAAGAUUUAAUUUUUUCAAAAUGCAGUAAAAUGAGUUUUUACUCGUGUUUACAGGUCAAGAUUUAGUUUUCACCUCUUCCUCGUUUUUUUUUUCUUUAUCUAUCCUCCACCUUUCUCACCUCAGCAGAAAAUAACCGGAAAAGGAAGCAUUCCUGGAUAUUUAAGUAUUUAUCAGUAAGGAUCUACUGUUAUGUGGAGAUGUACUUGACUACUUUGUGAGAGUCUGAUGCAUUUCAAGAGGAAAAACCUUCAUCUGUGCCAUGAACUUUCAGUGGGUUUUUACUGACAUCACCCUGCCUUUUUUGUUACACUCCAGUCACCUUAAAAAGCCAAUCAGAGGUGGACUCCCCAGACUUUCAGCCCUAUUUUUCCCUCCAGCGGGGGCCUCUUCCUGAGGAACAAUGGAAAGGUGAAAGAAGUCGGAUGCUUUAUCAUUCCCCUUAUUUCUGCCGUUUUUCCUCUGUUCAACUGGAAAAACCAAGGGUGCUCCCUCCAUCUCCUGCUAAAAAAAACACUUAUUUACGUUCUGGAUCAAUUGUUUCCCUCCUGUCAUAAACAAACAGAUGAAGGAAGGCUGACAUUCCUUCCAACUACUGAUUUACAAAAAGACGACAAGUCUAUUUUUUAAGAGAAAACUCUAUAAGGAACAAUUUUAUUAUAUUUUUAUUUGUUUUUGGUUUUUUUUAGUUUUUCUCCUACUGAGUCCCUUAUCUGGAUAUUAUUAUAUUUUGCAAGCAGAGGAAUGUUCCUCUGAGACUGUACUGAUCUCCACCCAACAUACAGACAGACAUCACCGCAAUAAAACACUGGAAUCCAAACAACAGGCACACACUGACAAUAUUAGAAUCACUCUACUUACAGGGGUUGUUCACUAAUCAGUCAUAAUGUUGUCUAGGGAAUAAUUAUCAGCAGGGUUUAAGUUAAAAAAAAUUACAAA